GGGGGUGACCUGCUACAGCACUGCUCUGUGCUCUCCGAGGAGGAACAGGAGAGUAAAUAAUGACGAUAAUUUUUUAUGACAGGGAGGAAACCCACAGCAGCAGGAUCUCACAAAUGCACUAAUUUUUUCCAAAUGAGAAGCAAGAUAACUACCUGAAGAAACGAUGACGUUUAUUUCAGCUAAAUCAAAUCAGGGGUUUCUAAUAGUCAUGGGCUGGCUUGGUGGAUUUGGCACAUGUUUGAUGUUUUUGCAGUACAUGUCACGGAACUGCUCAUCCCACCCUUUUAUUCCCUAUGUUGCACAAGACAUUAACCCAUCUGACAAAAUCUCAAGCAACAGUGAUGCCGCUCCCACCACCCCUCCAGCUGCUCAACCAGAAAAACCCAUCUUAUUGCUGUGGUUCUUGCCUGAGAACUACAAGUGGGACUUCAGUGACUGCAAAACCAUCUAUAACAUUGAUGGAUGUCACCUGACACAAGACAGAAGCCUGUAUAAUCAGGCAGAUGCGGUUCUCAUCUUCCACAAAGCUAUUAGUUGGGAUCUGAGCAACCUUCCUCCAUCCCCUCGUCCUCCUUUUCAAAAGUGGAUCUGGUUCCACGUCGAAUCGCCAACUAAUACUAAGAGAAUUCCAGGUCUGGAAAACCUCUUCAACCUGACACUUAGUUACAGACGCAAUGCCGACAUCUCUGUGCGAAAUCUACUGACCGUCAGCAAAACCCCAAACAAGUUUGAGCUUCCAAAGAAAGACAAGCUCGUCUGCUGGUUUGUGUCCAACACCAACCCCAGUACUGGAACAGGAACCAGGAUGAAGUACUAUGAAGAGUUAAGCAAACAUAUAAAAGUGAAUAUUUAUGGAAAUAUGGCUGGAUCGCGCUUGAAGGAUGAAGAGUACUACCCUACCAUGGCCAGCUGUAAGUUCUACCUGUCGUUUGAGAAUUCCAUCCAUAAGGACUACAUCACUGAGAAGUUCAAUGGCCCACUUUCAGUAGGGACUGUGCCUGUUGUUUUGGGAGCCUCAAGAGAAAACUAUGAACAGUUCGCUCCAGGUGAUUCGUUCAUUCAUGUGAACGACUUCCCUGAUGCAUCAGCCUUGGCCCAGCAUCUACUUCAACUGGACAAGGAUGAUGAGGCUUACAGACGAUACUUUGACUGGAGAAAACACGUCUCUGCAACUCCUCAUCUAAUCAUGUGGAAUCAGGAGUUCAUUACAUACAUUUGUCAUGCCUGUGAAUAUAUUGGUAUACACAGAGCGUAUAAACAAGCACACAAUAUCUAUGACUGGUACUUUUCAUGACUGGUAGUUCUUGGUCAAUUUUGAUAAUACUGGAAAAUGACAGUGCAAAUGGUAACAGUAUUUGAAGGCUAUCUACAUAGGCACCACGUGAUACAUGCAUAAAUAUGAAAUUGUUUACAGAGGAAAUCUUGAACGCUCAAGUUUUAUACAUACAUACAGUAUCCAAUGCUGUGUAUUUGAUAUAUAAGCAUUGAACAAAUAUUGCAGUAUUCACUGCUAUAAAAAGAGCUUUCGCGUAAGUUGUUGUGCUUUAUUAACCAGCUGUUGUUGGCCACAACUAGACUGAACAUAAGCAGUUAUCUCUACCAGUUUUUUCUAAAUCUAAAUAUCUGGCUUUCUCAGUGCUUAGCUCUGACUGGCUGGAUUCUUCCUCUUCUACACACAUAUCUGCUUGGAUGGACACAGCCCUGCUUUUCAGAAUAAGUGUCUUUAACAGAAUAAACCCAAUAAAUGCUGCAGAACACAUAAUCUAAAAUUAACACGGGAAACAUUCUUGAACAGGCUGUAUGAUGUAUGUUGUUCCAUGCAUAUGCAUUUACAUAUUAUAAGGCAAUAAUUGAAGACUUGUGUUUUCUCUUUUCACUUAUGCUGAGUACCAAACUGAUAUAAAUGGCCCUUACCGGGAAAUGUAACACUUUACAUUGGUAACGCUAAAUAGAUUACAUAGCAAAAGUUAAACGUCAUGGUAUCAGUCAUGACAAUUUUCAAUAUUGGUAAUAUCAUUAAAUGGCACUUAUUGAACAAAAAAAUCAUGACAACUCAUGACAGCAUAUGACAUGCAUUUGCAUGUUCAUGGCAUGGUUAUGUCAGUGUUACAUAUCAAGGUUCAUGUAAAAUGUUACCCACUAAAGUGACAGAGAUUAGUUCCAUUAAUAACACUGUUAUGAAGCAACUUUCUCAAUUUCAGGCCUGGUUAACAACAAUAAACAUGAGCUCUUGGCGACACAGUUGUCCUAGAAAAACACUCAUUGGCCACUUUAUUAGUAUCUACAGCUACUUUCUAUCUGCAAUCAGUCUAUUUUUCAGGUCUAUCUCUAUAAACCUAUUCCCAUACCAAAAACCCAUCUUUGAGAAAAAGAGACACUCUUUGUGAAAUUACAUGAGGUUCUAUGACUGCAUUUCUAUUUCAGCACAGUAGUAUGAAUUACUUGCUAUGAAAUGUAAGGAAGUAUAAAAGAUAAAUGUACUGCACAUUAUUAGAGGAAUUUAUUUUCCUGAACAUUUUCUAUUAAGGAGGCCUAUGUGAGUGCAGACAUAGAAAUCGAAGUAGGAGCUCUUGCCUGGUUCAGGUCCUACCUCAUUGAUCACUAUCACUUUGUUAAUGUAAACAGUGAAUCAUCUGCAAUUGCAAAAGUAAAUUAUGGUGUUCCACAAGGGUCUGUUUUAGGACCUAUAUUAUUCAUAAUAUGUAUGCUAGCUUUGGGCACCAUUAUUAGUAAACAUGGCAUAAAUUUCCACUACUCUGCUAAUGAUACUGUUAUAUAUAUAUAUAUUGAGCAAGAUUGAGCAC